CAACUGAGACCAGAGGGACUAGGAAACAGAGAGCUACCAGACAACAAAUCACUGCUUUCUGACGUGAAACUUGCACAUGGCUUGAUGCAUUGUGGGAGAUUUAGCACAAGUUAUUUUUUUCUGUAAAGUCUUGUGAUUGCAGUGAGGAUUCCAGAACAAGAUCAAAACUUGACCUUAUCAUCUCCUCUUGGGCUUUUUCUUCACUCUGCAUCCCCCGCAGGGUGCAUGGUUUUCGGACACUCAUCUGCAACUUCUGGUGAACAUUGCCAACUUUUUUAUGAAGCUUUUCCACACAACUUUACUGGAGACUGGAUCCACUGCUCAGUGUGAGAAACAGCAGGAAAGGGGGGAAUAUUGCCAUCCAUCUCCAGCCCACCCUCAGCUUUUGGACAACCCCUCCUCUCUGCCUCUUCUUUUGCCCCCUGUACCCCCCCACUCCCUCCCUCCUUCUACACCUCACCCCCCAACAGAGCAGAAAGCGUGAAAAAUCUCACUAAUGGGUUUAUUUGCUGUCAGAUCUGCGCCGAUCUGUCAUUCCCUUGGACCAUUCUGCUUGACACAUUUCAUAGUUGAGUAAGCCUCCUAGCUUUCUGGCUAGAGUUAUAACACAGUGCCCCUGCAACGCUGGCUGAGCACUCAUCAAGAGGGAUAGCGGCGGCGGCAGCAGUCAGUCUGACAGUCUUUUGGACGGGGAGUCCCUGAAACUGCAUUCCUACAGUCUCCUCUGAGUUUGUGAGCCUUGUGGGCAUCCUCAGCUUGUCCUUUCGCAGGAGAUCCGGGCGGUUUCUGCAGGGAUUCUGGUGCUGAUUUGACAGAGUGUGAAGAUGUGGUGUGGGGCUGGGCCUCUGGCCGUGGUGGCUGCAGUGUUUUGGACUCAGUGUUUUCUUCUGCAUGGGGUGGAUGCCAAGAAGGAGAGAAAAAGGCCAAAGGAGGUCACACCACAACAGACAGAGACCUUCAACGCUACCAUGUCCAACAGCGAAGAGGUCGGUGGAAGCGUCAAGGUUUCUGACAACCAGCGAGUGGAUCCACUGGGAUCAUGGAUGGACUUUGUUAAAAGACCUGUUGGCAACUUUCCUGGAAAGUGUCGCAAACGCAAACGACCCCUGCCCGGCCCCCCUGGUCCUCCUGGUCCUCCCGGCCCUCAGGGACCUCCUGGAUCUCCUGGAGCUGAGGUGACCCAGGAAGUCCUUCUGCAGGAGUUCAAAGACAUGAUUAAAGAGGCCACAGAGAGGCGAGCAGCAGCGUCUCUGGAGAGGCAGGCGAGCCCCAGCCAGCUCCCCACAGCCCUGCUCACGCUAGAGGGGAUGACCUCGUACCGGAGGAUCGAGGAGGCUUUCCACUGCAAGCUCAAAGGACCCGUGGUGGUCGACAAGAAGACUCUGGUGGAGCUACAGAACUUUCAGACACCUCCGGCUAAAGGAGCGUUCCUCAGAGGGUUGGGGAUGGACCAGUCCACCGGGAGAUUCACGGCUCCCAUCACUGGGAUCUACCAGUUCUCUGCUAACGUCCACAUUGACCACAACGAGGUGAAGAGGACCAAGAGUCAGCUGAAGGCCAGGGAUAAUGUUCGGGUGCUGAUCUGCAUUGAAUCACUCUGCCAUAGAUACACCUCCUUGGAGAUGAUUGUUGGCUUAGAAAGUAACAGCAAGAUAUUUACUGUCAGCGUUCAGGGGCUGCUGGAGCUUCAGGCCGGGCAGUACACCUCCAUAUUUGUGGACAACGCAGCCGGCGCUUCAAUCACAAUACAGAACGGUUCAGAUUUUAUGGGCAUGCUGCUUGGUGUAUAGCCCUGUCAAAUGAACAGUGGCUAAUCCAAGCCAUUCCACUGCUGCCAAUUUAUUUUUGUCUUUUUAUAUUUGUAUUUCAACGGACUGCUUAAGAGCACCAUCACACAGAACCAAACCACAGGGGAGGUUUGAAGGAAGGAAGCGAGGCUGACAUGGACUUGACUGCUUGUCAGAUGGUGAGAGGACAGUGUGAAGAACUCAAGGACUGAGUUGGUUUUUCACAGUGCGACACUGCCACUCCCCUGAGGACUGUUACUUCACCAAUAAAGUAACCUGAAAAUAAGCCGUGAAUAUGUCUGUAACAGUGUGUGUUAUCGUGCUUGUUGACGACCUUUGCAGUAAGCCAACUAUCAAUGUUAUUAAUGUUCCCUGGAUAGAUGUAGGAAGAGCUGGGGAACACUAGAAAGUACAUUUGUGUUUAAUGUAUAGUGGACAUGUUAAUGCUUUUUUCUACAUGAUCUAUGUACACAUUCAUGUUCUUUUUAAUCAUGGAUUAAAUCUCACAUUUAUAGAUGUUAUCUGGUACAUAGACUGUGAGUACACUGGACAAUGGAAACAUGCUCAACAGAGAAAAUACGGCUCAAUGAGAUGUUGUCCCACAAAUGUAAUUAUUACAUAUUUUUAAUAUAACUAUACCUUCAUUUUUAGCCAUGCUAACACCGUGGCAAUGUCAGUCGUUCACACCAAAGUAUCUCACAGCUUGUGCAUGUAUCGCAAUGACAUUUUGUAAGCCUGACAUUCAUGACCACAAGAGGAUGAAUCCUACUGUCUUCACUAGAACUAUAGUAGGCCACACAUUUUGGUACCGACAUUCAUGUCCUGCUCAGGAAGAAUAAGGGUUAAGGCUUGCUAAAAGACUAAGAUGGUUAACAUUAUACAAGCAAAACAUUGAAAACGAGUGUGACCAAAUAAGAGAUGCUAGCAUGACUGUAGACGAUUUAUGGCGUAUUCACAUUACAACGGAAAAACAAAGGUAUUGCGUAAUGUGUGGUGCGUCUUCUGAUAAUGAGAUCUGAGCCUACUGGAAAUACUCAACUGGCCCUUUAGACUUUGCAAUGGCGUCCAUGUGGUAGAUUGUAAUGAUGGCGAUUUAAUGAUGGCAGUAUGCAGUACAUUAAGAAUGGGUAUUCAGCAUGCAGUACAUUAGUGUGUAUUAAUGUGUUCUGACAAAGUCCAGAAGUCCGCUUUACUAAACAAUGCUGGUGUUGUUAGCACUAGAUUGCUGUGUUUCGUAGACUCAAACAAUGAUUUGUGUGAAUGCUUAUAUUUCACCAAGCAAAUAUCUGUUUUGUCUUGUCUCCAUGCGGUGAUAUCUAUUGUAAUUUGACACUUCUGAAAAGGUUGAAGUAGGUAAGCGGCAAUUGGCGUUCACCAAAUUGUAACUUUCCGCCCUUUCCUGCUCUGCGCACUAUGAACAUCCUCCAAAAGCUCACACAACAUACAGGAGCCUUUCAUGGCGGUGGCACAUGCAACAGUUUUCCUGCUAUAAUCUGAGUAUGGCUUUAGUUUUGUUUAAAUGUGUCCGACAAAUCAAGUGACAUUUACUGAGAGAGCUGUAAGAGAACAUUUUUUUUUACUUUAAGAUUAUUUUUACAGUAUUCUUUGCUAUCAUUUAUCUGUUUUAUUUUUUGUAUUUUAUCCAAUUCUUGUCAUAUAGAUGUUUGUAAUUUAUAAUAACUAAUACACAGGUAUCAUUGAAAGCAGUGACAUUUGAUAUGGUAUUUAUAUUCUAAGGAAAUGUAUGAAUCACUUGUUGAUUGAAACUCUCGUGGACUCCUGAAAAACCAGAUUAUUGUAAAAAUAAAAUUAUAUCUUUUUGCUAUUUUUGUAUUACCCAUACUAUGCUGUAAUUUGAAGAUUAAACUUUUUUAAAUGUAAAA